AUGGAUUCUAUAAUCGGUACGGAUCAGACCGACGUUUGCUUCUGGAAGCGCGUUCUAGAAGUGUACAACGGGUUCAAACCAGAUGGGAGCGUCGAGCGUACACAAAGCCAGAUCCGGAAGAAGUUUGGAAGGAUUACUAAAACAGUGAAGAGGUUCAGUGGCAUAUACGAGACCCAACUCCACCUUGCUGAGAGCGACCGCACUGAAGCCGACGUACGAGCGUUGUCGUAUCAGUUGUUCAAUACUGAAAAGUGGCCCAAGUUUACCUACUGGGACGAAUACUUCGUUCUGCGUGACUGCCCGAAAUUCAGGUCCCUCAUCGACAAAGAGCCUGUCCCUGGGCCGAAGCGGACAAGAUUCGGCGUCGCCGGCAACUACAGCAGUAGUAGCGACUCACGUGCCUUCGAAAUGAACGACGAUGCUUCGGAGGACGAGCCCCCCUCCACACUCUCGUGGCGCCCAUGUCCGUAG